AUGGAAGAAAAGGACCCCGAAGGCCUUGGAACUGGGAAGAUAUCAAAGGAAGGUCGCAAUCGCAUACAAGCAGGGAGUGGUGCUGAAUUCUGGGCAACAGAUGUACCAGAGAACUUGAUUCAGGACCCUGUGACCGCAGAUAUGUGGGGAGGAUUCGUGAAGGUGGAAGCAGAGUUCUCUGAGGCAGAAGCAGCUCCGUCAGAGGAAGGUCAAAGGGCGCAGGCCCAGGAGCGUGCCCAAGAUGCCCCGUCAUGUGGCGGUGAAGAGACUUUAUCAAGCCCUUUUCUUUGCAGAGAAGUGGGGACGGCUGCUCGACCUCUGGUCCAGUCUCCAUUUUCUUUUGAGGAGGUGGCUGUGUAUUUCACCGAGGCGGAGUGGCCCCUCCUGGAUCCAGGCCAAAAGGCCCUCUACAGGGAAGUCAUGCUGGAGAACUGUGAGACCGUGGCUUUUCUGGAAACUAGGAACGUAAGAGACACUACGGUGGAGACAGACAAAGACCUUGCAUCGGACGAAGGGCUGCAGAGUUUCUCUGGCAGACCUCAAGAAACUGUUUCAUUCCCGAAUGAACUGACUGCAAAAGCUGGGAAUGUAAGUGACACUAAGGCGGGGAUGGACGAAGUCUUUGCGUCGGAAAAAUGGCUGCAGAGUUUCUCUGGAAGAUCUCAAGAGACUUCUUCUUCCUUCCCAAAUGAACUGACUGCAGCAGAGGAUUAUCAGAGGAAUGAGGAGGGUGAGGAACAGCAGCAUCUAUCGCCAGAUGAAGUCAAGGAUGAAGAUGUGAGCAGAAGUAUCAGAAUUCAAGGCAGGCCUCAGAGGCAGAAAGUCAGCCACAGGGUGAAGAAGAGGAACACAUCUGUUCCUUGCCAAGGGGGGGAUUUCCAAGGAGUAAUUCACAAGCUGGAGGAAACCUACAAGUGCUGGGAGUGUGGAAUGAACUUCUCAGAUCAAAACCAAUAUAAUGUCCAUUUGGGAAUGCACAUUGGAAAGAAGAACCAUCAGUGCCUGCAGUUUGGAAAGGCCAUGAUUGGCAGCGCAGAUUUCCUUAGACAUCUAAGAACACAUAAAGGAGACCAACCAUGUAAAUGCGUUCAGUGCGGAAAAUACUUCAGAUACAAAUCACAGCUUCUUGUGCAUCAAAAGAUCCACACAGGGGAGAAACCUUUUGCAUGCUCAGAGUUUGCAAAGAAAUUCAGUCACAGUAGCACUCUCCGAAAACAUCAAAAAACCCACACAAUAGAGAAGCCCUUUGAAUGCUCAGUGUGUGGGAAGAGAUUCAACUGGAGUGGUGAUCUCCAGAGUCAUCUACGCACCCACACAGGGGAGAAGCCUUUCGAAUGCUCAGAGUGUGGGAAGAGAUUCAGUCGGAGAAGCACACUUCAGUAUCAUAUAAGAACCCACACAGGGGAGAAGCCUUUUGAAUGCUCAGAGUGUGGGAAGAGAUUUAAUCAGAAUAGCAAUCUUCAAAAACAUCAAAGAACCCACACAGGAGAGAGACCUUUUGAAUGCUCAGAGUGUGGGAAGAGAUUCAGUCAGAGUACCAGUCUUCAGCGUCAUUUAAGAACCCACACAGGGGAGAAGCCUCUUGAAUGCUCAGAGUGUGGGAAAAGAUUCAGUGACACAAACACUCUUCAAACACAUCUAAGAACCCAUACAGGGGAGAAGCCGUUCGAAUGCUUAGAGUGUGGGAAGCGAUUCAAUUGGAGUGGGCAUCUUCAAAAACAUCUACGAAUCCAUACAGGGGAGAAGGCUUUUGAAUGUUCAGAGUGUGGGAAGAGAUUCAGCAACAGCAGUGGUCUUCAACAGCAUAUUACAACCCACACAGGGGAGAAGCCUUUUGAAUGCUCAGUGUGUGGGAAGAGAUUCGCUCAAAAUGCCCAUCUUCAACAGCAUUUAAGAACCCACACAGGGGAGAGGCCUUUUGAAUGCUCAGUGUGUGGGAAGAGAUUCACUCAAAGUGCCCAUCUUCAAUAUCACAAAGCAAUCCACAGAGAUCAAAAAUCUUUUGAAUAA